UUUGUUUGUUUUGAUCACUGCUAUUAAAAUUUUUACGUGUUCUAUUGCUUCUGAAGGACGAAAAUUCUAAAUAGUUUGGGAAUUUUAUCUUCAUUUAAACAGAGAAAAAUUGCUCCAAAGUAAUUGCAUUUAUAUUCCGUGCAUUAAGCUCCAAACAGUCAUAAUGGUGUGCGUGCCUUGCUUCAUCAUUCCCGUACUGCUCUACAUUUGGCACAGAUUUUUCCAGCCCAUUGUGAUACCAAUUAUACAACGUUACUGGAAUCCUUGGGAGAAAAAGGACGCCCAAGGCAAUGUUAUUAAAAAUGGACCGGAAUUUCCAUUUGAAUGCAAAGGUGGAAGCUGCCCGUACGUAGCACCUAAAAACAAAACUGUUGCCAACGGUGGAAGUGAAAAAUCAGCUGCUAUCAAUGACCCUGAUGGAAGCGCUGAAGUGGUUACUGCAGCGGAUACAAAGAAAGACAAUUGAAGCUGAUUUUAAAUAAAUAUCAUUAUAGCAUAAGUAUAGUGAAAUUUGUACAUACAAAGCUGUGACUGCUUAUUUAAAGGAGGUAAUCGUUGCCGCAGCUAUCGUAUGAAAUUCAUAAACUUGGAGUUCGGUAUAAGAAAACUGAAAAGUUUUAGCUAGCUAUGGGAUGAGUGCAAAGGUGGAUGAUAGCGCAAAUUAAACGCUUCUAUAUGUGUAUUUUUAAGAGUUUCAAUUUCUGAAACUUUCAUAGAUAGUUUAAAACAAUGUAGCUGGACAGUAGCAAUUUUUGAUUAUAAAUAAAGAUAGUGACAUAAUAAAACGUUUUUUGUCAUUUACACUUGUA